AUGUCAUGCUACGAUCUGUGCCGCCCCUGUGGCCCGACCCCGCUUGCCAACAGCUGCAACGAGCCCUGUGUCAGGCAGUGCCAGGACUCCCGGGUGGUUAUCGAACCAUCUCCCGUGGUGGUGACCCUGCCCGGAC